AUGCCACCCAAGCGAGCCUCCCGAACACCGCAGCCAGCCCCCCAACGCGUAUAUGACCUUCGGAAAACGCACAUUCCUCGCAUAUCCCCCCCUCCGGAGGAAGGCUAUCAAGGGAGGAAAAAUACCAAUGGGGUAUAUGUUCCUCGUGCUGCUGCCACUAAAGCUGCAGCCAUACGUCGACGAGCAGCUGCCGCUCGAGCUGCACGUGCAAAUGAAGAAGCCGAUGCGUCUCCUGGGCUGCCGCAAACACGUUUAAGAACUCUGAAUAGACGCUCUACAACCCCCCAGGCACGCCGUUCAGCUACUCCUGGAAAAAGAGUGCAGUUUGCACUGCAAAAUGCCCAGCCGAAGCCAUCAUCUGCAGCCAAAUCCAACGCGUCAUCUCAAAAGGAAGCCUUGCACCGUAGGGCUGCCUCUACGAGUACUGAGCCUGAAACCACUGAAGCAGAUGAGGCAUCAGAGGCCUCAUAUGAUGAAGAGGAAGUAUAUGAAGAAGGGGUGAAUGAGGAUCAUGAUGAGAAUGGUCCAGAAGACGAAGAAAGUGGACAAAUGGAUGAUGAGGGGAGUGCUGAUGAGGAUGACAAUCUACCCUCCAUAGAUGACCGGGAUGUUGAUACUGAAGAGGAGGCCUCUGCCCGGGCGCUCUAUGAUGCCAAAGAGAAGUAUAGAGAGCUUAUUGGACGACGUGUUCUAGAUGAAGCCCGGCGCCGCUAUCCAGAAGGCGUACAACGGCAGCCUCGAGAAGUUGAGACUUCAGAUUUGGAAGCAGCAUUAGAGGAUGCCAUGAGAGCUGCAGACUAUCCUGUAGGCAUCAUCCUGAAUAUUCGCAUCAACAAGAAGCCAUAUGUGAAGAAGAGCUUGCCUGAUAGUCAGCGCCGUUCCUUCAAUAUGGAGGAUGUUGAAAAGGCCUUUCUAAGUGCCAUUGCUCCAACGGUUGGAGAGGAAGAGUAUCAAAUCAUGGCUCGGAGAGUUACCGUCAAACACUCUUCUGGGCGUGGUGGCACCACCCACCAUGAUUUUGAUGAUUUUGACACUGCUAACGGCAGCCAUAUACUAUCAAUUAUAGAUAAACACCAUAGUCGCCAUCGGACAGGCAUGAUUGAAGCCCAUUUCGAUAUAAACGUCCAGUGUGAUGCCAUCUUACCAACACCGAAGCGUUCACGGCAGCCAGAGCCCCCUUCUUCAGACAUACCGAGCUCCCCCCUUCCUUCCCUCCAAAAAAGCGCCAAAAUCGAUCAAGUCGCCUGCAAGAGCAGCAUAGUACUCGGCUUGAUACCAUUCGUGUUGCUGGCAACUUUCAACGCCAGUUGA